ACUGUUUCAUUUUAGCAUGAAACUUGAAGUUUACAACCAAAUAUUGUCUAUUAUGCAUAAGGAUGGCUCUCGGGAUUGCCUUAAAGYAAUUGCACUGCAAUUUACAGGAGUGACAUAUAAUACACUUAUAAGUAUCUAUUCCCAAGAUUAUCAGAAAAAAACUCGAAAAAAUCAUCAUCGCCAUCAUAAACCWGAAGUGAUGGAGGAAUACUACAACAGGUAUCUGCAAGGAAUCUCAGAAAAAUCURAUGAACCUGUUAUGUUAAGAAUUGCAGAAGAGGUUGACCUCUCUCAUGCGCUGUUUGCCCGUAUUGUAUUAGAGAGACAUCUGGCACACACAUGUUACAAUGGAGAAAAUGCUCCUAGAGCAGUGGUCAGUCAGAUUAUCAAAGAUCCAAGCUUGCUUGAGGACAAAACAAUGGCAUAUGAAAUACAGCAGUGCAUUCUAAAUGACCCCAACUAUGGACCAUUGGUGGACAAUAUCAAAAGAUCCAUUGGUUACGAAUAUGAACUUAUUCUGAAAGAAAAGCUUCAGAACAGAGAUAUUCCAUUUAUUAGUGAAGAGGACAUGCGAGCCAGAGGCUAUGACAAGACACCUGACUUCAAACUUGAAAUUCCUAUUGCCGUAGAUGGCUAUGUUGUCAACUGGAUUGAAAGCAAAGCAUCUUUUGGUGAUGAAUACAGUAACCAAACAUACCUAAAAGAACAAUUUUGGAGCUACUGGAAUAGGUUUGGAUCCGGUUUGGUGAUCUAUUGGUUUGGGUUCAUUGAUGAGUUGGACUGUAACCGAGACCGCGGUAUUGUAAUUAUGGACUCCUUUCCAUCAAACAUUGUARCUAUAGAUAGUUUAUUAGCUGAAGAAGAACAAGGCAAAUAAUGCGAAUUACAGUAAUUUUAGUAAAAGUCGCUCAGUAUCGCCUCUCGCUCUUCGCAAUAUCCUCCUUCCCUUGAUGCAUUGCGAGUGAG